UCUCGACCACGUCAAAACACUACAAACCCCUACACAAAACCCUGACCCAAUCUUUUUUAACAUUUGGCCUUCGGAGCUUUGAAUCAAAACAUAGAUUAGAUACACUUUAGUCUUAGGAUUCAGGAACCAAUUCCGAUGGCUUUAACGAUAUCUUCAAGCUUAGUUCAAUGUCCCAAACCAUCUCUAUUUUCUCCCAAAAAUUAUAUUCUCAGAAGUUCAGCUCCACUCUGCAGAAUUAUCCCUUCCAACAAUCUCAGGUUUCCUAGAAUAUACAAAGUCGGUAAAUUUAUGGUUCAAGCUGCAUCAUCUGCUGCUGGGAGUCCAAGUAAUGACUUUAAUCCUUACGAGGUUCUUGGUGUAAGCCCCAUUGAGGGAUUUGACAUGGUUAAGGCAGCAUAUGCGAAGAAAAAGAAGGAUGCUGAGAAGAGAGGUGAUGAGGCAACUGCAACUGAGUUGGAGAAAGCAUAUGAUAAAAUCAUGAUGGCCCAAUUAACAAAGCGGAAGAAAGGUGAAACUUUUGGUUCUUUCAAGGUGUCGAAGGAUAUAAAGUUUGCUGAUAAGCUGCCUAUUGUUCCCUGGGGCCCAAGGCCCACAAAGUCUGAUCCAAAGGAUAUAAAGAUCAACAUGGCAAUAUCAGCAGUAUUUACAGCUUGGAUUUUUAUCCAGCGUAGUGCUGAAUAUAAACCUUUACAGUUUUUGGCCUUUGUUUUCGUAUAUCGCAUAUUUGAGAAGUUGAAAGCAUUCGAACCACCGGUUUCUCCCACAUUUACUGAAGAGGGUGAAGAUGAAGGGAGAAUGUUGAGAAUGGGGAAGAGGUUACUCAGAUCUCUUUCAUUGGUUUUUGGUUGUAUAGCUGUUGCUUCAUUGGGAUACACUGGUAUUUUAAAUUUGAUCGAAGUUGCAGGUGGUUAUAUACCUCGCUUCUUGUACUACAACCAGGAAAUGCUCAUUACUGCUUCAACAGCAGUCAUGCUUUAUGUUAUGGCCUCAUUUUACCGAUGAUGAAAACUUAAGAACCCAAGGAAAGGAAUUGUGCAGCUCACAAAGGAGUAUAUUUCUUUUCAUAGACACCGUGGCCAUUGUAAUUGGCCAUCAAAUUUUGUAACUAGCAACAUAUUUUAAUUGCCGUCUUGGUUCUUCGAGCUAAUUCUAAGCUACGAAGCAAGGGCGGAUGAAAUGAAAUUGUGUUUUUGAUUUCCCCUGUUUUA